AUGGUUGUCAAGCCAUUCACCAAAGGGACUUCAUUCUCUACGUGUGAUUCUGUCAUUAGGGGAACUACCUUUCAAAAGGGUUCCCCAUCCAUUUCUAAGGCUAUCGAAACCAUUUCCAAGGAGAAAGGGAAAGAAAAGGUGGUAGAACCAAUCAAGAGCAAACCAAAGGUGGAAAAAUUAGCAACUAAGAGCUAUGGCAGUGACAAUAGGAAAGACUCUAAAAGGCGAAUUUGUGUGGCACCUCCUCAAGAAGUUGCUGAGCAAGGUGCAAUAAAGUGGAACACUUGUGUUGUAGGUUUUUUCCUUGGCAAAAGGCCACCAUUCUUGACGGUCAAGAGAGCUUUGGAGAGGAUGUGGACUGCUUAUGGCCUCAUUGAUGUCAUGACUUCGGGCCAAGGUGUGAUUAUACUAAAGUUUCUAGAUAAAGAGGGAGUUUCAAGAGCCGUGGAAGAGGGACAACUUACCAUACAAGGACAGCCAUUUCUCAUUCGGAAAUGGACUACAAACCUCCCUAUGGUGAUUAAUGAUGUUAAGAAGGUGGCAAUAUGGGUUAAAUUGUAUGCCAUUCCCCUUGAGUUUUGGGCUCCGAAAGGACUUAGCUACAUUGCAAAUGCAAUUGGGAAUCUGCUAUAUAUGGAUUCCAUUACUGAAGAAGGGACAAGAUUGGAGUAUGCUAGAGUUUGUAUUGAGAUAAAGGUGGAUUCGGAAUGCCCCGAGGCUAUUAGCUUAGCUUUGCCAAAUGGAGAAUCCAUGGUAAUCAAUGUGGAAUAUGCUUGGAAACCUAUAAAAUGCAAUGGAUGCCAAUGUUUUGGACACUCCACAGCAAGUUGCUCUUUAGCAUUUAAACAAGGUAAUGAUACAACCUCACGUAAUUCUUUGAAGGAGGUGGAUGGAUUUGUGUUGCCUAUGAGACAUCAUGGGAAAGAUAAAAUGGCCCAAGUAACAAAAGGCUAUGACAAGAAAACCAAAGACAAAGUGGGGGAGUUGCAAAAACCUAUGGUGAAGAAUGUGUUAAUGCAUAAGAGUAAUAGAUUUUUUGCCUUGGCUAUUAAGGAGUCUUAA